CGAAAAAGAUAAAGCUCGUGCCUCUUCGUAACCCUCUUCGUAACUGCAGUCCAGAUAGUGUGUCCACUCACUCAAAUUUUCAACUGUUGUAUCGUAGAUUAUCGGAGCGCCGCAUGGCGCGGCGUUCUUCAACAUCAUGCUUCGUCUCCGCGGCGCCCUACGCAGACAAAAGGCAUCCGGAGUGAUCGUUCCUAUCCUUUUGCCGAACGGUUGAGGGGCUGUGAAAACGUGGUGUGAAGAGCGAGAAACAAAAAAUACAACUAAACAGCCUAUUAGUUGAGUCAGUUUCCAGGAGGUGGUGGUGGAGGUACAUCUCGAAGAAGCAACUCCUUGCUGCUAACAGCAAAGCCACCAAAGCGCGUCGAAAAUGGCUGAUUCAGCAUUCGUGACUGCUGCCCCUUUGGUGACCCUAGUGGCGCCAACGGUGGACGCAGAAGGAGUUUGUGGCAACAACUGUAUCCCUGUAGGAUGGGAACACCUAAAGCAGAUCCAAAAUAUGAUCUUAAGGCUUCAGGUAAUUCAUCUCCAGAAGCAUCGUGGGACCUUCCUCUAAGGGAAAAGCAAGCCCAGGAUGGCUCCUAAGAUGGAUUCCGGGAGGUGGGUCUAAUGAUCUUCAUGUCUUGGACGGUUGCUGCAAGUUUUACGCUGCUGUCGACGUUGAGGACUUACGUGACAGGUAAUUGAUCUUGUUCUUACCUUACACAACCAAUGGUGAAGAUCGUGAUACAAGCACUUCGAAUCCGAAAACUAAUUUCUCAGUCUUCUAAUUUGUUCUUCUGACGCUCCUCUGCUUACUUCCUUAUCCUUUCCCUAAACCCUAAGCCCUAUGUCCUCACCCAGGUGAACGCAACCUUUUCGGUGUGAUCCCUGUGACAGAGGAAACUGUCGAUCGCGUACUCGGUAUCCAAUACUGGCUAGCCACGCACAACAAAUGGUUUGUGGUUACGAUAUUUGCAUGUCUGAUGCAACUGCUUUUUUUCAUAGAGCGGUUUGAGAGCAAGCAAGUUCCCGGUCCACAUUCCACCAUAGAGAUUGGUUUCGGAGCGAUUGUGCUGAUCGAAUUCCUCGUUCUCCUGCUCCACACGAUGUUUCUGCCUACGCCUCUAGCAGUGAUGAACUGCAUCUCGAGGAUACCUGUGGACAUAACGAUAAUUUUCAGCAGUUUCAUGCUUGGUAGGGUCACGUACGAUGCGACGGACCACAUAGACGCGGUGACGAUACCAGGCAAUUCGAUAACGACGAUCCAAACGAAGACAUGGUCUUGACUCCUACACACUGUGUUAGUACUGGGCUUGCUUCAGCUUCACGCUGUCCAAGAUGAAGAGGACGCCACUCAUUCUUACGUAUAGCUCUGCUUCCACUCUCACUCUCGCGGGAUUUGUACUGAAGCCACCUCCAACAUCUCCGUCAACACCUCCAACAUCUCCAUGAUCCUCCAACAUCUCCGUCAACUACACCUCCUCAGGUACGUUCCAACGCAGUUCAUCUGCUUCCGCCUAAUGUACGUUUGGCGCAGAUGGUUCGUUUCCUUACCCAUAUCGAAUUCCGCUUCUUUCAAAAUCCUUCGCCUGCUGAAUAUACCCAUCUGCGUCUUUCCUUUUCUCUUCGUCGCUGCAAUCUCCGUUGCCGUCUACGAGGAGGCAGGCUUUGAUCCGAGAUGGUACUUGAACGGCCCGCCGAUGGAGGAGGACAAAUUUGCGGUUCUGGCGUUUCGUAGUUACAUAGACCCGUAUCCUGCAGGCAUGCCGUUUUUUCAGUACGAUAAGUUGUGGGGACCGGAACUAGGUGGCGACCAGGUGCCAGAGGAGGACAUGAAGCAAUCGUUCAACAUGCUUUGGACGCCGCUGGGAACGGCUUACUUUAUGGUGUGAAAGCCUCCCACAGCACAUGCACAGUUCGACGCUUUUACCGGCAGUUUAAUCCCCUCUACUGUAGUACUUUCAACUUUAUUCUUUCGCCCUGUAGUUGUUGUAGUAGUUCACUCUAAUCGGCUUUACUUCCUUUCUUUAUUGACGAUUGGACCCGGCGAUCUUUCGCCAGCAACGCACGUCGGCCGGAUUUUCACGAUUGGGAGCAUGUCGCUUGGUCUCGGCAGUGUUGUCACCUUGCUGAAAGCAAGCCGACGCUUAUACAAGGUCAUGCUCGAAGGCAAGCAGGCCUACAUGCAUUAAGGGUACACCUUUAACGUGCUUUUCUUACCGCUUUUUAUGCCUCUCUCCGCCCUUAGGUAAGGGAGAAAGGCAUAAAAAGCGGGGUAAGCCGCGAGCACCAAAAACCUACCUCUAAAUGCAGAAGCGUGGAGUGAAACACAUCGUCGUCACCGGGACCCCGUGCUUCCAGCAGAUCCAGGAUUUCGUCACUGAAAUGUACCACGACGAAAAAAUGGUUACGCCCCCGCCAGUCUCAGCAGAGUUCGAGCCACCACCCACAGGGAUGAACACAGAAACGGUGCUUUUACUCGAAGAUCCAGAAACGUGCGAUCGAGUAAGGCAGUGGUUGCACAAGAUUAUGGAGAUACUAGUAGAGCACAAUGAACUUGACCUUUGAAGAUCGAGUAAGGCAGUGGUUGCACAAGAUUAUGGAGAUACUAGUAGAGCACGACACUCUAUGUUGUUGCCUAAUAAAUUUGUGUGAUGAGUAUCAUGCUGAAUAAAGAAGUGCUGAUGGUACGAUCUUCUAUAAUUAAGCUUAAGUCUGUCUGCUCAUCAUCUUCAACAUCGUCUAAUCUCCGAGAAAACAUCAAAUACCGGUCACGGGUUUUCGUUUACAAUGGGUCAGUCUGGGACGGUUUGAUCCCUACUAGGGCUUACGACGCCUUGAUGGUCUUCGUGUUGCCCAACCUGUACACGCUUGACAUCGACAAAGACGACGAGAGCAAUGUCAUGCGUGUGCUGCAAAUGAAGUCCGCCCUCUUGCUGGAUAUCAGGUUAUGGGUGGGCUACGAAGAUUCUGGUCCUCCUCAGCAUUCCCAGUAUCAACAGUUUUUGAAUGUGGUCUCAUCUUCUCUAAUCUGCAUAACCGUCCUUCUCCACGUUUCCGAACGCAAAGACUUACUUACUCCGCAUAAUCUAAACCUCGUCAGAGCAUUGCUAUCAGUUCUUUGGAGUGAGCCCCAAGCGGGUUCAACAUAAUUUCAACCUCCUAGGAGAGCUGUAGUUGAUGACCUCCUCAGGUCGACUAAGCAGGCUAAAGAUUCUAGAUAAGAAUUUUAGACUCCGCAUCAAACCGUUCUCCCCUGUGGUCUCCUCUUCUCUAAUCUGCAUAACCGUCCUUCUCCACGUGUCCGAACGCAAAGACUUACUCCGCUCAGCGGGUCUGGGAGAACAGUUUGUCAUUUCGCUUGACGAGUUCAAAGCCGCCAUCGCCAUGAAGAGCUGCUUUCUCCCAGGAUUCGGCUCAUUCGUUUGCAACCUCUUCAAGACUGUCUCACCUUCUUUUGCGGCGAAAACGGAGACGGCACAAGCCGACGCGUUUCUGCCGUGGGAAAAGAUGUACUUUGCAGGGCUGGAGAAGGAGAUCUAUGAGGUGGAUUUGAGCAAAGCCUACUACGGUUUGUCCUUUGGCGAGAUAGUGCUGGACAUUUUGCAUCGAUGCGAGGGAGAAGUGCUCUUGAUCGGCGUGGUGGAGUAUGGGGUCGCGGAUCUUCCGUUUCUUUUAUGAUGGACUGUACAUCACUGCUUCGGAUGUGACUAUGCAGGUCGUAUAGAAGAUGCAGAUUUUGCUUGUGCACUGCCCGACUUUAGAAAUAAUCUGUAAGUAUGAAGACUACUGGGUGGUCGUGCUCGUGGUGCAGCGUAGCAUUUAAGUUUUGAAGAAUGAAUGUUGCCUGACGAGGGCGAUGAUCUUCACUUCCCGCGCUGUUUCUAAUGAGACGACUGAAUCCAGGUGCUGGAACCAGAAUAGCUGCGUGGGUUUUCGAUCCGAACUACAAGGAUUCACCGCAGCUGGCACAGCGGAAAGUCAAGGGCGUCUUUAUUUUAUGAGAAGGCAAUGAGUUCAUGUUCGAAGGCAUUUUUACUGACACCAGAUACUACAUACAGUUACAGCCCGAGGAAGAAUAGAAAUCUUCAUGCUAUUAACAUAUUGAUGUUAAUAGUGACUAUUAUAAAUGCUAUAAACAUAUUGAUGUUAAUAGUUGCGAUUACGCCGACUAUUAAAUAGUCUUGUUGUCCCAGACGUCUCGCUUUCUAAUCCUCGCACCCGAUAUAGCAGCUGUUGCCCAAAAGUUCUACUUACCUGGGCAAGACGACGUCGGGUUAGCAUAUCGAGAGCAGCAGAAAGCGUUGCAGGAAGGCGCAGCACGUGCAAAGGCAAGAGAGCAACAGGGACUUCAGGGGAAGGGAGCAGGAAGUAUACAGUUCUUUCUUGAUUUUGCUUGUUUUAGUUUUUCCUAGCAGCUCUUAAUGGAAUUUAAUUGAUGAAAACAUCUUAAAGAUUCUUUCUUGGAAAGUAAGAAAUACAAGAUGAAGUGUGACAAGAAUCUUCUCCCAAUGAUUUUAUUUUAAAGAGCAUGACCUUUUCCUCCUCAGAUAACAAGCGUCUCGCGGCUCUCGAGAAGAAGCGUCAGCGGAAGCUUGAGGAGCAAGAAACAGAGAAACAGAGGAAAAUAUCGAAGAAUAUGACCUUGAAGGAGAAGAUAAGAGCUUCCAAAACUGGCGACUUGACGCAACUCUAUGGAGUCCCUAGUAUCCAGAAAGCCCUAGAAAUGGAGUACCCGAACACGACUAUGGACGAAAUACCUGGCGUCAUGGACCCAGUAUGGAAGGAAGGGACAGAUAGGCUGAUGCACGAGAGGAAGGAGUACUAAAUGAUCUUUUUUCGUAUCAUCUCACUCUAAAGUUCUUGUUCUUCGAGCAGUUCAAAUAAGUCAUCCACGACUUGUUCCAUGUUACUCCCCAAAAGCGACUGAUAGAUGACAUCAUGGAUUCAUCACUCAAAAUUACAAUCACAUUGACAUUUCCCUUUAUUUUUACCAAAGAACACGAUCAUGAUAGGUUCAAACGCACGCUAGCAGAAAUACAUGCAGUAACGGACAUGAAAGCUUUGAAUAGAACUGGCCUAGAGAUGCAGACGGGUAGUGAGGAGCGUGUCUUACAAGCAGCGAAGCACCGACAGAGUUAAGACGCGGCUAGUAGAAUCAUAUUUCUUCCCCUCUACCCUCUUUCCCGUGUGAUCGCUUCUAAGAUUGUCCAUUUUCCUAGUGCAUAAGGUUAGUUAGUCUACAACUUUGAUUAACCACCGUCUACUACUACUGUCUAGUACACACACAUUAUUUAUCGAGAAUCGCGAUAUUCUUCACAUCAUCUAAUCGGAGCUCCGUGAGUUCCUCCAGUUACGUGUCCGACCUGACAUCCGUGCCAGAGAAAUGUACAUUGCUCACAGCGAUCCGAAGCCGCCUCCACUAGAAGUCCUGGCAAACGGUGGCCACAUCGUGGUCUGUUGUCUAGGGAGUGCGCACAAAUGCAACGUGAGGAUCUAUCCUGCUAUCCGAGCUUUGCGACUGCAUAGCAACGCACCCUUGGUGAUUUUGGCGCAGGCAGUACCACCAGAUUGGCAUAGGGUGUUGGAGGCGAAAGGGAUUUACAUGCUUCACGGGAACCCAUCAAGCAUGUUCGACUUGAAAAGGAGCAAUUUCGAUUAUGAGCACUGGAUUGGGAUAGGUUGCAAAUAAUUCAGUGUUGAACUCUACUUGGCAGCUACAAGUUAUUGAGCUAGUAGAAGAUAAAAGUAGAAGAGGUUCUUGUCCACCAUGUACAUCUUGUACAAGACGUCAUGUUGUACAUGUACUAGACAUCAACCUCAAUCAAGAAGAGUCAUCAACUACAUUACCUCGUCUUCCUCUAACGACGACACGCCACGCACAUCGUGAUUCUCGCUGGCGGUGCUGGUGGUCGCGGGAACAAAAAAAAUCGGGCAAAGGCUAGCUCCUUCUUGAGGCAAGGGGAGGAUUUCCGAGAAUUGUAUCGCGCAGACUCGGCAGUGCAGAGUUCCCAAUUUGUCGCGGAUACGUACGCCGCGCCACCCAACAUGAACAUGGUCGACGCAGAUGGGAUCUUCGUCUGCAAAUUGAUCGAAGGAAAUUUGCCACCUCUGAGUUCAACGACAGUGAUUCUGGAGCUCUUAGUGGACGAGAACUACUACUUAUUAAGGCUCAACUUUCAUCACUGCCACUGGUCAUAGAGGUUGAUCACUGAAAGCGAAGAGGGUCCCCCUGAGAGAACAGGGGAGAAGGAAGGCAAAGGGGAGAGCCUUGGAGGAGGUCUCUUCCGUUCAGAGUCAUGAUGACCAAGGAAUGCUGAGCUUUAAACUUAGUUCCCUUGCGGUCAAAGGGCAAGGUCACCAGUGAAGAGCUAGGCGUAGGCGGCGACUUGAGCGACGAAGCAGGCAUGGCAGCGCACCGAGCAGCACUGCUGAGACAGCCUAGAUACGCUUCUGGACGACUGUUCUGCAGUAGCAUGAUCACCUCUCUGAUCGUGAACAUCCUCUACAACUUAAGGCUUACCUUAAUCCAUCUUCAUUCUGAAGCAUCCUCGUCCCGAAAUGGCCUUUCAACAAACUUCAAGGUGGGGACGAAAAGACGAAAAGGAAAGGACGAGGACGGGGAUGCUUCUAUCUUGAUGGAUUAGGGUCGUGAGCUCGAAACAAGACAUCUCUGGUGCAACUAGUGUCAGGUUUGAUCACGUGCAAAGGAGCGACAGUCGAAGUGCCGAUGAACUGGGUGGGCAUGCCUCUGCUCAACUUCAUGGAGUCCCUGAUUUGGCACCACAAUUUGAUCCCAAUCGGCAUCGCCAGACUGAUCAUGCACGAAAAACCGGAGAAGAAGAAGCGGUUUAAUCCGAACGAGUUGCCACCACCGCCAAAGGAUUCUGCGAUGAAGGAGUUGACAAGGGACAUCGAGCCACGCUUCAUCAUGGCAGCGCCGCACGCUUUCGACGAACUUUUGCAUGCGCAAGAUAAAUUGGUGUGCAUAGCCAAAUACGACGUCACGGAUCAAGACUUGAGUCUGUAGGAUAAUUUUUCUACUACUUCGAUAUAAUGAUGUACAACUUUUGUUUAAUUGGACACGACUCACAUUAUAAAGUUGAACAGGAUUAUGUUUUUAACAGAUUGGACUAAGGUGCCGUAUCGAGUGAAGUUGUUGCUUUCUUGACUGGAAAUUCGUGUUGUUUUCAAGCUCCAUGGAGCGCGGUUUAUGAAAAUUUGCUUAUAGAUUUGUUUUUCUUUGAAAAAGUUGUUCUUGAAGAUGUUAACCUUGACUACUCCCGGUCUUGCCGUCGUUGAUAAUUGGAGCGCCAAGCUAUUGAAAUUAGAAACAUUGUUACUUCUGAUUCCUUAGUGUAAUGUAUUCUUGCACAAGUUUUUGACUUUUUGACCCAAAGACUUACAUACCCUCCAUCUGCCCACAGCCCCGCAGCAGAACCCAAACCAAAUUCUGACGGAUCCUCAUCUGAUGGCAUUAUUCCGACCACCAUCCGAAUUGAAAUUGAAAAAAAAAAGUUGCAGAUCAAUCUCAAUCUCAUGAUUCACUCCGAAAAAUAACAAUUGUGAAAUAACUUUGGAACAGAAACAAUCUGAUGAU